AAUGCAUUGGAUGUACGAUGUGUGUAUGUAUGUAUGUCUUUAUUUGUUAUGUUAUAUCUAUGUAGGGAUGGAACCAAAUAUUGGAGACGAGGGUGUUGUUGAAGAGCCAAAGGAGGGAAUGUCAUUUUCAUCAAUUGAGGAAGUAAGGGCAUAUUACACGAGGUAUGCAAAACAAGUUGGGUUUGGAGUGACAAAACGAAAUUCUAAAACUGGAGCCGAUGGGCAAAUAAGGUAUUUCACACUUGCUUGUGUCCGUCAAGGCACGUAUGUUAGCAAAGCGUCGAAUAUUCUUAAACCGAGGCCAAUGGAACAUAACGGAUGCAAGGCAAAGAUCAAUGCUAUAUUAGGUUCCGAGGGGAAGUUUCGUUUAACCCAUGUUGUCCUUGAGCACAGUCAUGUUCUUAGUCCUGGAAAAGCAAGAUAUAUUAGAUGUCAUAAGAGGUUGGAUGAGUCGAGCAAAAGAAAACUAGAAUAUAAUGAUAUGGCUGGCAUUCAAUUGAGCAAGAACUACAAUUCUUGUGUUGCUGAGGCAGGAGGAUAUGAGAAUCUCACGUUUGGAGAGAGAGAUGCGCGAAAUUACAUACGUGAGGUUAGAUUACUUCGGCUUGGGUUAGGAGGCGCCGAAGCACUACAAAACUACUUCACUCGUAUGCAGGCACAAAAUGAUGGUUUUUAUUAUAUUAUAGACGUUGAUGAUGAAACCAGAUUGAGGAAUGUGUUUUGGGCGGAUGCCCGUAGUAGAGCUGCUUAUGAAUCGUUUGGUGAUGUUAUAACUUUUGACACGACGUACUUGACCAAUUCAUACAAAAUGCCAUUUGCUCCUUUUGUGGGAGUUAAUCAUCAUGGUCAAUCGAUUUUAUUUGGAUGUGGCUUGAUUUCUGGAGAGGAUACGGACACGUUUGUAUGGUUAUUUGAGUCAUGGCUUAAGUGCAUGAAUGGCCGAGCACCACAAGCCAUAAUAACAGAUCAAGAUAAAGCUAUGCAAAAUGCAAUUGCAAGAGUGUUUCCAAAAUCUCGACACCGAUUUUGCUUGUGGCAUAUAAUGAAAAAGGUUCCCGAAAAAUUUGGAGCGUACAGUCAAUAUGAUGACAUCAAAAGUCAGCUGCACAGGUGUGUUUAUGACACGUUGAGUCGUGAUGAAUUCAACAAGUGUUGGCUGCAGCUUCUUGACAAUUUUGAUUUGCAUGAUCAUUCAUGGCUUGAAUGGUUAUAUUCUGAGCGUCAUCUAUGGGUGCCAGCCUACGUCAGAAAUGAAUUUUGGGCAGGAAUGUCAUCUACUCAGCGAAGCGAGGGUAUGAAUGCAUUUUUUGAUGAUUACGUAAAUUCAAAGACAACGUUAAAGCAAUUUGUAGAUCAAUAUGAUAAUGCACUUAGACGCAAAAUUGAAAAUGAGCUUGCAGCUGACUUUAGUUCAUUUCACACGCAAAUUCCAUGCAUAACUUUUUAUGGCAUUGAGAGACAAUUUCAAGCAAGUUAUACGAAUGCAAAAUUUAAAGAAGUUCAAGAAGAGUUAAGAGGUUUGAUUUAUUGCUGCGCAUCAUUGAUUCAGAGUGAAGGAGGGAUUUUUAUAUACCAUGUGGCUGAUCAGGUCCAAGUUAUAGAUGGAUUUAGAAAAAGUACAAAAUAUGUUGUUGAGUUUAAUGAGAUAGAGUGUGAAGCAAACUGCACAUGUCAGUUGUUUGCUUUUAAAGGCAUUUUGUGUAGACAUGUCAUUCGUGUAUUGACACUCCAUGAUAAGGAAGAGUUGCCUGCAAAAUACAUACUUGAUAGAUGGAGGAAGGACCUGAAACGAGAUUAUACGCUUGUUCGAAGUAGCCGCGAUGAUCUGAGUUAUAGUCCAAACGCAUACCGAAUGAAUAAACUAAACAAGGCCUUUUACGAGAUUUCUUCAAUUGCAGGCACCUCAGAUGAUGGUUGUGCGAAGUUACUGACUCAAUUAAGUAAGUUAAAGCUGGAGUGGGUUGAGGUUCAGCCUGUGUGUGAUAAUCGGUCUACUGAGUCAUUAGGGGUGACAAAGAGAUCUGACAAAUUAAAAAGUCCAGUUGCUGCUCGUAGUAAAGGUAGGCCAGUUUCUAAAAGGAAACAAUCAUCAGCUGAGAAAGCGAUUAAUCGCUUGAAAGCAAGGAAGACUCAAAGGGCUCCGGUAAGUUAG